UAGCUUCGCACUUUUCAUGGCGAACGUGUCUCGAAGGAAACAAUGCCCGCAAACUCAAACUUUUCCUCACUGAUAGACUCCAACAGCGUCAAACACACGCUCACGCUCACUCUCACUCUGCCACUUUACUCACUGCGGCCAAACCCCAUUCACACACACACCCUCAGCUACUUUCUUCUCUCUCAAACACACAGCUGGAGAAGCUGCUCAUCUCCAGCUCUAAUACAAGUCUAGAGACAACAGAGACCCUUACACUUUCUUCAGUUUACCCCCACCUCUUCAUUCAGACCGAGGCCUGUGUGGGUGAGUGUGUAUAAAGCCCAGUAUGGCUGAGCUGGGUCCUGAGCUGUUCACGGAGCAGGAGCUGACCUGCUCAAUCUGUCUGGACCUGUUCAGUGAACCCGUUUCUACGCCCUGCGGACACAACUUCUGCCAGGGCUGUAUCGGGGGCUACUGGGCGUCCAGCUCCGUCUACACCUGCCCGCUGUGUAAACGACCCUUUGACGAGCGACCCGAGCUCAGCAUCAACCGGGUGUUCGCCCACAUCGCCCAGAAAUACAGAGACAUCCAAUAUGGAGGUCCGCCGUCCGCCAAACCUCGCCAGAGGACACUGGCCAGUGUGUCUGUUCCCAUGGCAACCAGCACAGGGGAGGAGGUGCUGUGUGACAUCUGCACAGGCAGGAAGGAGAAAGCGGUCAGUUCCUGUCUGACUUGCACAGCGUCUUACUGUGAGACACAUGUGCAGCCUCACCGCCAGGUGGCAUUCUACACGUCCCACCGGCUGCUGGACCCCCAAGAGGCACUGCGUGGCCGGACGUGCCGUGAGCACGGGCGGCUGCUGGAAGUUUACUGCAGGACUGACCAGCGCUGCAUCUGCGCCAUCUGUGUACUAGAGGAGCAUCGGACACACACCACAGUGUCCGUGCAGACUGAAAGAGUGGUCAAACAGAAACAACUGGGCAAAAUUGAACUGGACAUCCGAACAUCCAUUGAGAGGCGAAUGAUCCGUCUAAAUGAACUAAAGCGGCAACUACAGUCACUUAGAAACUAUGCCCAUGCUGAGCUGUCAGAGGUGGAGCAGGUUCUUGCAGAUGUCAGUCAUUCUGUGGAUCGAAUCCGUAGUGAGCUUGUGGGCGGGAUCGAGGAGAAGCGAGACGAUGUGAUUGGUAAAGGCGAAAGGAUUGCCUCACAGCUGGAGGCGGAAUUAGGGCAGCUGCAGGAGCGCAGGACUCGACUGGAGGCUCAGACAACUUCUGAAGAUCACAUUGCCUUCCUGCAGAGCUUCGAGGAGGCUAACAUCCCCUAUCACGACAUGGGUGCUCUAAACCCAGAGGAGGACGGGGACCUGGAACUGCACUUCUCUCUGGGGGAGAUAAAAGCUGCUCUGGGAGAUAUUCGAGAACGGCUGGAUGAUAUUCACAUGGGGGAGGUGCACUACCGCCACUCAGGGUCUUUUCUGCCAGAGUCUGAGAGUAUGAUGAGUGUUCGAUCCCUGAAGAAGAAGGAAUUUUCACUCAGAGAUCUUCGGAAGAUAAAAUCAAGUCACAAAAAGGUUAAAAUGUACCUUGAGGACGUAACUCUGAACCCGGUGACGGCGUACCCAUUCCUCAUCCUCUCUGAGGACAGAAAGCAGCUGAAACGUGGAGAAAAGCUGCAGUUCUACAGGAACAGCACGCUGCGCUUCGAUGUGUGGUCCUGCGUCUCCGCCAAGGAGGGAUACGAAUCAGGACGACACUACUGGGAGGUGAAUGUAGGUGAUAAUAAGGACUGGAAGGUGGGUGUAAUGCGUGAAUCGGCUCAGAGGAAGGGUCUGUUUGAUAUGAGUCCAGUGAACGGCUACUUCGCUCUGUGGUGGAGCAGCGGUCAGCUGCGCGCUCUCACCACCCCGCCGCUCAGCAAAGUGAAGGGAGCCGGCCGUCUGCGCCAUGUGGGCGUUUACCUGGACUGUGAGGAGGGUCAGGUGACCUUCUAUAAUGCCAAAACAGGCUCAGAGGUGUACUCCUUUACCAACCACACCGCCUUCUCCGAGAGAAUGUUCCCUGUGUUCGGAACCGGGGAUAAAGAGGUUCCACUGGUUCUGCUGACCACAGUUCCAUCCUUUCCUGAGUGAGAUCAACAGUACACUGUUCACAGAGGAAGAUGAAUAUAGAGUAAGAAUCAGGCCAUUAGAAAAUGUGAUUUAAAUGCUAACAUUUUAAAUGGAUUAUUAUUAUCAUUAUUAUUUUGAAUUUGUGGUAAAACAGCUGGAAUUCCAAUUUAAAGCAAAUAAUGUUUGGUAAAAAAACUAUUUUAACCCAAAAUCUGAAUUUCCCUUGUUACUUUGUGCAGUUUGGAAUUCAAAAUGAACUGACUAUUUAAUACAAUUUCUAAUUUUUCCUACAUUUUAAAAUAAACGUUUAAAUUAGCAAGAUCUCAAAUUAACUGUUACUUUAUCAAGAGCCAUGGUUCAAAAGUGUGAAUCUAGAGACUCUCAGUAGUUCCAAUUGUAUAGCUAGGGGUCAAAAGUGGGUUUCACAAGUGGUUGCUUUGGGGUUGCCAGGUGGUUGAUGUGCUUUCACGGGUGGAUACUUUAGUAUUCCACUUGGUAUCUUGUUGCUAGUGUGCUAAAGGGGUGCUUCUUUGUUCUGAUCUCAGGGAAAUUGUUUUAUUAUCUCAGAAAAAAAUGUGAUCAAUUACUUAAUUAUCUUAAGAUACAAAGUAAACAAAUAAUAAGUUACUUAUUAAAUUGCAAGAAAACCAGUUAGUACAGUGUGAAUUCUGCUUUUGACUAAUAGCUUUAAAAUGAAAAAGAAACAAAACCUGAAAUUUCAAAUGUAGCUCAUUUCGACUUUUAAAAUAUUGGAUGGUAAAAAAAGAGAAAACAAAUUCAGAAAACAGUUAAAAUUCGAAUGGCUUGAUUCUGUCUUAAUGGUAAUAUCUGACAAUUCAACUUCACUUGACCUCCAUGUGACACUUGUGUGUGUUUUUGUGCUUUCGGUCAUUGAGCAAACCUGACUUAACUGUUUAAUUAACUCAUGUAUCCAUACUCCAUCUACAUCCACCUAAUACUAACACUACUGUUACACUAAUGUUAUGCUGUGUAAUUCAUUCAGAUUAGUACGUCAGUACUAAAUUUGGAGAUGUCAAAAGUUACACAUUUACAGUGAAUUGCUUUUUUUUUUGUAAUCUUUAUUAGCCGCAGAUGUAAAGACUGCCUGUGUAAUAAUCUCUGACAAUAGCUGCAUUGUGGCUUGGAUAUGCCUCUGCAGCUGUGCCAAUAACAUGUUUUCUUUGUUUUAUUCCAAAAGAAUGAAAUUUGUAUUAUAGCCAAAAGUUAAAGUGAUUAGCUCUGGUCAGUUAACUUUAAUCCAAUGUAUCUCAUUCCUAUUGGACAGUUUCAGUUUGAUUAUGUGUCUUUAUAAAUAAAUCUUAAAUAGCUUUGAGGAUUGUACACUGUCUUUUAUAAUGUUCUGCACUGAUGCCCAACACAAAGAUCACAGACUCUCAAUUUCUUUGUGAUUUGAGAAUAUUUCACACAGUGGGCUAAUUUGUUUUUUUUUGAAUUAAUAAAGAACACGUGAUUAUUUUACUGAUAUAAUUUACUAAUCACCUCUAGUAAUUCUCUAUUAAACCUUAAUUAUUACUUUUCAUUAUGUUAACUGUUAUGCUCACUGUGCUGUGUAUAAAAAUACCAUCGCAAGGAGAAAAUCCAUGUUUCUAUUUAUUACUGUUGCAGUUGUUUCCUCAUGCUGAACUGUGUAGGUUAAUAAGUGUAAAUGUGUUGUAAUAAAAUAAACUUUCACGUAAAUGUUC